AUGCCUAACGAUAGUGACAUAUUACCCUCAGUCUCCAAUGCGAGCACUAAUUCUACCACCUCCAAAUCAGGAUCUAAUAAGAAAAAGUUAAUUCCAAUAGAUGCAUUGGCUAUAACUGAAUCGCUUGGAUUUCAAAUAUUUCGUCGAGAAUCUAGAAAAGCUUGGACUAAAGAUGAAGAUUUAUCAUUACUUGAACUUAUUAAGGAUAAUUAUCCAUUAUGGCAGAGUUUAGAUACUGAUCAUGUUCAUUGGGAUAGAAUUGCAGAACUCUUAUCUCCAUCUGGUGAAAGGAAAGGUAAUGAUUGUAGAAAGAGAUGGUCUAAUUCACUUGAUCCUAAUUUAAAGAAAGGGAGAUGGUCAGAAGAUGAAGAUGAAAAAUUAAAGGAAGCAUACAAGAAAUAUGGUCCAUCAUGGCAAAAAGUUGCUGCUGAAAUUCAAGGUAGAACUGAAGAUCAAUGUGCAAAGAGAUAUUUAGAAGUUUUGGAUCCAAGUACAAAAGAUAGAUUAAAGCCUUGGACUGAAGAAGAAGAUUUAGUAUUAAUUAGAUCAGUGAGAAAACAUGGGACUAAAUGGAGAACUAUUUCUUCAAGUAUUAGUGGUCGACCAUCUUUAACAUGUCGUAAUAGAUGGAGAAAGAUAUUAACCGAUGUAGUUAGAGGUAAGGCAUCAGAACUUAUAAAGAGAGAAGUUCAAUUUGCAACCGAUGGUAAUACAGAAAUAAUUGAUGUAAUAAAUAAGCAACAACAAGAAUUAAAUCAUGGAGAUAAUAAUAAUUCUGGAAGUCAACGGUCUUCGUUAAAGAAAUCAUCAUCAUCAAAUUCUCAAAACGGAUCACUGAGACGCUCUCAACAUGGUCAUCUGCAACAAACUUCCCCUCAAGAUGUGAUGAAUUCAGGAGGUUCUCCUCAAGCUGGGCAUGAUCAGAGCCAAAGUCAGGGUCAAACUUAUCUGAGAAGAGCAACCACAUAUCCUCCAGCAUCAAAUACUCAUGUUGAAUGGAGAUAUACAUUAAGUGAUACUAAUGAAGAGUUACCUCAUAAUCAAUUAUUCAGUGAUGAAAAUGGAGGUGUUAUACGAAAUCAAGAAUUAGUCCAAGCAUUGGUUUCUUAUGCCACACAUAAUGGUCUUGAUAUAACAGUUCAUCAACAUAUUCAUCAUCAUUAUUCACCUCCUCAACCACAUUUUGGUCCUGGAGAUUAUAAUAGUUUACAAUCUCUUGCUUCACCAUUAAAUGUUAUAGGAUCAGAAGAAGGUGAUAAUAGUCGACGUGGUCAUCGUGCAAGUGCAACUAGUAGUAAUGCAUCUGGAAGUCCACCAUCUGGACAAGGUAGUCUGCUGGCAUUUUACGUUGAACCUGAAACUCAAUUGCCAAGAUUACAACAUUUCAAUUAUUUACCACCAUUAACAGAAGUGCCUAAGUUAGUAUCUAAUACUUCACCACCUUCAAGUAAGAAAGGAGGUUCUGGUACUGCUGCAUUAAGUAUGCAACAUCAUCAUCAUCAUCAUCACCAUCAUCAUCAUCAUAGCUCAACUAAAAUGGGUACUAGUAAAAGAGUUAUACUAUCUUCUAAAAAUGCUAGUUCCAAAGAUUCUGAUCUUCUUAAGAUAUUGAAUCAGAAUGAUAAACAUAAUAAUAUUGGUGAUAAUGAUAAUAACAAUGAUAAUAAUGAUAAUAAUAAUAAUAUUAAUGACCGUUUUAUACGAGAAAAGACACCACAAUCACAUCCUUUAACACCAUUAACUCAAGCUGUUGAAAUUGCAGUAGCUGAAGAAAGUAAGAAAAGAGGUAAUGAUGAUGUUGAGAGUCAUACAAGUAAAAGAUCAAAGAAUGAUCUACCAGAAGAGGAUGGAUUAGAUUUUUGGGAGACCAUGAGGAAUCUAACUGAUGCGCCAGGAUUUCAACAACCGCAACAACAACAACAACAACAACAGCAAUCACAGCAAUCACAGCAACAACCAUAUCAUACUCAUCAUGAACAACGUGGUCUUACCAGUAGUAUACAGAUACUGGAUUCUCGAUCGACGCAAUUUCCUCAGAAUUACUUUGCUAGUAUGAGCAAUUCACGAGAAAGUACGGCUGAUACUAGAGGGUAUGGAGCAAAUGGCAGAGCCGAAGAAGAGGAAGAAGACGAUGAUGAAGAAGAUGAAGAGGAUGAUGAACAAGAACAGGAUGAAGAAGUAGAAGGAAUGGAUCAAGAUAUCAUCAAUUCAUAUGGAUUAUUCUACAAUGUAUACACUAAAGAAGGAUCAGUAAUACCAGAAGGUCAAACACAAAAUCAACCACCACCACCGCCAAGCUCAAUUUAUGAUGCCUGGGGUGGAGGAGGUAUAAUUCCAUUUAACCCAUCGUAA